AUGAAUUUGGUGAGUAAUGGAAGGAAAUUGAAAUCAAGUGAAGAUUUAGGCGUAGCGUACGCUGAUUUAGGUGCGCAAUAUAAUGCAGAAAAACGAUUGAUAUAUUAUAUGAAUUCGCUCAAAGAAAUAGAGAAAUGUGAGAAUAAAACAUGGAAGGAGAAUACAUUAAAAAGUACAAAAUUUCAUGAUACUAAGCAGUUGUACAUCGAAAUUCCAUUGUCCGUAAAUAAUCAUGAAAGUACAACUUCAUCAGAAAUGAUCCCAAACUUUUUCAACAAUCAAGAAUCAUUAUCGAAUUGUGAAUGUGCAAUGGUGAAACCAAUAAUUCAUAAAGAAAUGAAUUUAAUAGAUGCUAAUGCUAAUGAAAUGUUACCAUCGGAUAGAUCUUCACCGAUAAAUAUCGAUGAAAAUUUAAACUUAUGCUCUUUGACAACUUCCAAUGAUUGCUUAACAAAGUUAGAAGCUAUUCAAAAAUGGUACGAUAGUAAGCUUCUGGAAUGUGGCAUUAAACGAACUACCGAGAUGGAUAAGAAUUGGGAUAUCCCGGAAGAACAGAAUGAUUCAUAUUGCAGCACUUGGGAAUAUGAGAUGAAAUGGAAUGCCUCUAACGAUGCAACUGAAAGUUUGGAUGAGACUCGAGAUUCAGAGUCAUUUCUAUUACCGUUUGCCAGGUCUCGAGAACUGAUACCAGAAUAUCAGAUGGAUGAAAAAACUAAUUCGAAAGAUAGUAGAAUUUACAGCAAAGAAGAAUUCAAUGCUAACGAGGUUACCAGUCAAGAUUCAACGAAUUCAUCAGCAUCAGAAAAUGUCACCAAUGCUUUUUCUUCCG